CACCCGACGCGCCCCGAGACGCGGCGGACGCGGCUGGACCCCCGGCGGGCGCCGCUGCAGGCCGCGGACACUCCGCACGGACGGGGCGGGCGGCGCCCAGGGGCGCCCGGGAGCCCAUGGGGAGCCGGCCCCGCCGGAGCCCCGCGUCUGAGCUGCGGGCAGAGGGGCGGCGGGGACCAUGACCUCGGUGUGGAAGCGCCUGCAGCGCGUGGGCAAGCGGGCCGCCAAGUUCCAGUUCGUGGCCUGUUACCACGAGCUGGUGGUGGAGUGCACCAAGAAAUGGCAGCCGGAUAAGCUGGUGGUGGUGUGGACCCGGCGGAACCGGCGCGUCUGCUCCAAGGCCCACAGCUGGCAGCCGGGCAUCCAGAACCCGUACCGGGGCACCGUGGUGUGGAUGGUCCCCGAGAACGUGGACAUCUCUGUGACCCUCUACAGGGACCCCCACGUGGACCAGUAUGAGGCCAAAGAGUGGACAUUUACUAUCGAGAAUGAGUCCAAGGGGCAGCGGAAGGUGCUGGCCACGGCCGAGGUGGACCUGGCCCGCCACGCGGGGCCGGUGCCCGCCCAGGUCCCGCUGCGGCUGCGGCUGAAGCCCCGGUCGGUGAAGGUGGUUCACGCCGAGCUGAGCCUGACACUGUCGGGGGUGCUGCUGCGCGAGGGCCGUGCCACCGACGACGACAUGCAGAGCCUGGCCAGCCUCAUGAGCGUGAAGCCCUGCGACGUGGGCGACCUGAACGACUUCGCCGAGAGCGACGAGGAGGAGCCCCCCGAGGGCCGGACUCGGGGCGCCCCGCCAGGCCGGGGCGCUGCCCUAAAGCUGGGGCAUAUCCCAGAUCCUUCUCGGGAGCCGAAGACCCUUUGUAAAGUGGAGGAGGACCAGGGCCGGCCCCAGCAGGCAGUCACCAGCCCCUCCAGCGUCGAGGCUGCCAGCCCGGCCCCCGUGAGUGUCCCUGCGCCGCCCAGCAGAGCGUCCCGGGGCUCAGACUCAGAACCUGCCGCAGUCGUGGGGGGCCAGAGGGGGCCUGAGGCCCCCAGGCCCCCGGGAACCCCACCAGAGACGAGACUCUUGAGACGGCCACACCCAGACGCGGCCCCCACCCCGGCCCCUCGGCUCCGGAAAGGCUCCGACGCCCCCUGGUCCCCAGGCCCCCGAGGGGAACAGCAGGCCCCAGAGCCCUCGGGGACUCCCCCAGGAACAGAGGGACACGCUGGGGAGAUGCCCGGCAGGACACACCCCCAGAGCACCAGGGCAGAGGAGGGGGGCUCCGGGCAGGGGUCAGGAGACAGAGCCGGCCUCGCGCAGGCAUCAGAGGCCCAGGCUGGGGGCGCGGGGUCCAAGGUGGGUCCCCUCGAUGCAGAGAGCCCUGAGGCUGCGGGAGAGAAGUCUGAGGCGGCGCUUGGGGGCGUUCCUGAGGCUCCUCCCAGGGGGUCUCAGGGGAGGAUGGGGAUCAGGAGUCACGGUGAGGGCCCCCCAGUGCUGCGCCCACCCGGACCUGCUGGGCCUGUGGACGACCCCAAGGGGGCAGCUGCAGGACAGGAGAGAGAGGGUGCGGAGGCCAGGGGCGGAGCCCCGGCUGCUGCGGGGACAGGCCUGGGGCCGGCCCCCACGGUCAGCCCGGCCAGCGCAGGGCCCCAGGUCAGUUCCAGCCAGUCGCUGCUGGAGUGGUGUCAGCAGGUCACCGCCGGCUACCGGGGCGUCCGCGUCACCAACUUCACCACGUCCUGGCGCAACGGCUUGGCCUUCUGUGCCAUCCUGCACCGAUUCUACCCGGACAAGAUCGACUACGCCUCCCUGGACCCGCUCAACAUCAAGCAGAACAACAAGCAGGCCUUCGAUGGCUUCGCGGCGCUGGGCGUGUCGCGGCUGCUGGAGCCCGCAGACAUGGUGCUGCUGUCGGUGCCCGACAAGCUCAUCGUCAUGACGUACCUGUGUCAGAUCCGCGCCUUCUGCACCGGGCAGGAGCUGCAGCUGGUGCAGCUGGAGGGCGGCGGGGGCACGGGCACCUACCGCGUGGCGGGCGCCCAGCCCAGCCCGCCCGACCCCCUGGAUGCGGGCGACCUAGCGCAGCGGCUGCGCGAGCACCGGGUUGAGUCGCCCCAGGAACCCCUGAAGCCGACGGAGCGGGAGCCCUGCGCCGAUGCGGCGCCCUCCCAGGACCCUGCGCCCGCAGCCCCCGAGGCUCGCCCCGCCGAGGCUGAGCCUCCCGCCAACAGACCUCCCCGGGCGGCAUCACCCCCGGCCGAAGGGCUGGUGAACGGGGCUGGAGCACCGGGUGUGAAGCUGCGGCGGCCGUCGGUGAACGGCGAGGCGGGCCCGGUGCCCCCGCCGCGCGCCCAUGGCUCCUUCUCCCACGUGCGCGACGCCGACCUGCUGAAGAAGCGCCGAUCGCGGCUGCGGAACAGCAACUCCUGCUCAGACGAGCCCGAUCCCGCGGCCACGGAAAUCCUCAGCUCUGACCCUGGCUCUGACCCCGGCUCCCCCACAGCCACAGCCCCCAAACCGGCUCCUGAUGGUAGCCCCCCGUUGGAAGAGCCCCCCCCAAGCCCCGGGGAGGAGGCUGGACUGCAACGGUUUCAGGACACGAGUCAGUACGUGUGCGCGGAGCUGCAGGCGCUGGAGCAGGAGCAGCGGCAGAUCGACGGGCGGGCGGCCGAGGUGGAGACGCAGCUGAGGAGCCUGAUGGAGUCGGGGGCCAACAAGCUGCAGGAGGAGGUCCUGAUUCAGGAGUGGUUCACACUGGUCAACAAGAAGAACGCGCUGAUCCGGAGGCAGGACCAGCUGCAGCUGCUCAUCGAGGAGCAGAACUUGGAGCGGAGGUUUGAGCUGCUGAGUCGGGAGCUGCGCGCCAUGCUGGCCACUGACGACUGGCAGAAGACCACAGCGCAGCAGCACCGUGAGCAGCUCUUGCUGGAGGAGCUGGUGUCACUGGUGAACCAGCGCGACGAGCUGGUCCGGGACUUGGACCACAAGGAACGGAUCGCCUUGGAGGAGGACGAGCGCCUGGAACGUGGCCUGGAGCAGCGGCGUCGCAAGCUGAGCCGGCAGCUGAGCCGGCGGGAGCGCUGCGCGCUGAGCUGAGGCCACCGUCUGUCCACGCAAUCGGUCCGCGCCCUCAGCCUUGCUGGCCGCCGGGACCCCGCAAGAGGCCCCGCGAUGCUGCGUGAUGCUGAGCCCGUCGCCCCUAGAGCGGGGGGCGGGGUACCCGAGCCCGGCGGGGCAAAGCCGUCGGGGGGCCUCGCUGGGCGCUGCCCAGCCCUAUUUAUUCGUCCUUUUGUGUGUGUGUGUUUGUGUGUGUUCGCGGGCCCGCGUGGGGAGGGCUGGGGCCUCGGGGGGCGUGCUGCGGAAGCCGUCCCGCCGCUGGCCCGGGGACGGGGACGGGGUGCCCGCCAGCCUGCCCACCAGCCUGCCCGCCAGCCGCUGCGCCCUCUCCCGCUCUCUCCUUCCAGUUCCU